AUGCCAACCUUGACCGAGGUUCUGACAUUACUGCCGAAGCCGGCUGUAUCAUGCCUUGUCGCGGCCAUCUCGAAUUCGACAUGUAAACUCGGCGACACAGCAUGUACCUGCGCGAACCCAACCUUACAGGCUCAGGCGACCGCCUGCGUCGCUGCAAACUGCACAAUCCGCGAAGCCCUAUCCACGAAGAAUCUCACAUCUUCACUAUGUGGUGUUGAACCCGAAGUGAACCACUCCUUCGUGCCCAUCUUCGUCGCCUUCGUGGUUCUUGCAGGCAUCGCGGUUAUACUGCGCUUGGCUGCGAGGUUCAUAAAGAGCGCAAAUGUUUGGUGGGAUGAUAUCUGCAAUAUUGGCGCACUGGCCUUGUGCGUUGCCUUUACCGGUGUCGCCUUCUACAUCAAGGACAUAGGGUUUGGCGUUGACAUUUGGGCGAUUGAGCCCGACAACAUCACAAAGAUCUUGAUCGGAUACUACAUCGAAUUCGCCCUAUAUGGCGUCGCUCGACUCCUUGUCCGCGUCUCAAUUGUCUUGUUCUACCUGCGAAUCUUCCAGAUGACAAAGGCCCGGCCAAUCAUGAUAGGAACACUGAUCGCCAUGUGCUGCCUAUCCAUCUCCUUCAUCAUGGCGACCAUGUUCCAAUGCACACCUGUAAGCUACUUCUGGGACAAGUGGGACGGAGAGCAUCAGGGACAUUGUAUCAACGUCAAUGCAAUGGUCUGGGCCAGCUCGAUAUGCGCCAUCAUCUUCGACUUCUGGCUCUUCUUUGUCCCGGUUCCUUUCAUUUUGCAGCUUCAACUGUCGUGGAGGAAGAAGUUACUGAUAUCAGUCAUGUUGGUUACCGGAAUCAUCGUCAUCGUUAUUAGUAUUUUGAGAGUUCCAUCUAUCAAUGAGUUCACAAAAACGCAUAACGUAACAAAGGACUUUGUAGGCAUCGGCAUCUGGUCGGCUCUGGAGAUGAACGUCGGAGUGUUAUGUGCGUGCAUGCCGAGUAUCCAUGUGCUGUUCAAGGCCUUGUUCCCCAAGCAGUGGUCAACUACGAAGGGUGAUUCAGGAAGACUUGUUAGCAAUUCUAGGGGCAAGGCUUCAAGUGGUAGUGGCGGCCGCGGGCCGUUUUCAAGAAUUACAAUGACAACGACCAUCGAACAAGGGCACCCGAGUGAGUCACAGACACACCUUCCGGGAGAAUACAACCAGGGGCGCAAAAAUGAGCUUGAACUUGGCACGAUGAAGAAGGAAUCGGUCCAGAGCUACGCCUGGAGCUAA